AUGGCCGUUCCUGCGAAUCCGGGCGCCCUCUUCGUCAACAUCGGGGACGCUGUCCUCGUAGAGGACGUAGAUGAGGAGAUCAUGGAUCUCUACAUUGGCCUCGAGGAGCACACGGGCGGACUUGGGUACCUCGACGGUCGGGCCCCCGAGCUGUCGCUCGUGCUCGACCUCGUCCCUCCGGCUGUGGAGGUGAUGGCCGAGGAGCCGGUGGGGAAGCGACGGAUGCGGAGGAAGGAGAAGGCCAAAACCGUUGAGAGUGUGUCCCUCGACGUCGUUGUCACGCAGGAUCCUGGUGCACUACGGGCCCGGAGUGGGGAGACAGGCAGUGUGCUCUGGCGGAGCAGCUUCCAUCUCGCGCGACACAUCCUUACGCAGCUUCUGUUCCCAACAGCCUCCACGCUCUUGUCUGUCUCCGAGCUCGCUUCCGCUAAGGUCCUCGAGCUUGGAGCGGGGACAGGAGUGCUCGCAUCACUUAUCGGUCCUCUUGCCGGGUCGUAUAUCGCAACGGACCGACGAGAGAAUCUCAAGCUCGUGCAGCGGAAUGUAGACAACAACGCGUCGGCGGCCAUCAAGAUCGCGACCAAGGCUCUCGGCGGAGAUCCCCAGCCCGCCAUCACAGCUGAGCUGGACUGGGAACAAGUUUCGGCGGCGUGCGCGCGUGCCCGAACCAAGGGUGAGACGUAUGCGCUCCCAUCUGGUUCACCAGGUGCGGAUGCCGACCUCGUAUUGGCCGUCGACUGCAUCUACAACGAGCAUCUGGUGCAGCCUCUGGUCGACACGCUCGCAGCAGCGUGUGUCCGCGGCGCUGUUGCCUGGGUUGUGGUCGAGAAGCGUUCUCCUGAUGUGCUGAGGCACUUCCUCGACACUUGGCAGAGUGACUCUGCGGGGUUCACCAUUGUCCGCCUGGGUGACGAGGCCAUGGGCCGUUGGGAGGGUGAACGCGGGCGCUGGGUCGGCUGGAUCGGGUGGACAAAGUCGUGA